AGCAUGGCCGAAUUGAAACAGGUUUCGUUUCCUCCCGAUGUUCUUGCUCGGAUUGCCCCCGAUAUCUCUCUCCACAGACAUUUGUCUGUAGGCUUGAGGCCAAACUUGCGAAAUUUCACUGAAUUCAAGCCAGUGGAUAUCGCUUCCAAUAACGAAAUAACCGAUUCCAACGCCAAUGUGUUUGGCUCGUCCGUCAUAAAAAGUGGAAGCACUACAGUAAUCAAUACCAUUACCUUGGGUGUCGUAGAAGUCAACAGAAGUGCCAACGCUGCUACACAUAGUAACAAUGAUUUCACCACAGUGUAUCCUGUGGUUGAAAUAGCUCGUGGCAGGUCAGGUGCCCCCACCGAUGAAGAGAUGAUUCUAUCUCAGACGUUACACGAAAGCAUCUUACAUAGUCGUUUGAUUCCUAAAACAGCAUUGUCUAUCAAGAAUUACGGCUCUGCUGUCUAUGAUGCUGCUACCGGCAAAUAUACCAUCUACUACCCAGACUUGAAUCCAGACGAAUUCGAGCUCAUCAAUUUCAACCAUAGCAAGUCGUAUUCGUUUGUGCUAUUGUCGCAUAUCAAGAUUUUCUCCAAACAAGUGUCUACGUCGUCUUUGUUCGACUUAUGUCACAUGUCUACUAUCCAAGCAUUAUCCAGAUUGGCUCUUCCCAGAGUAUACAUUUCCGAUACCUCAAGCGGAACCAAGGUAUCUAUCAGAUCGCGUUCGUCUAACACUCGCGGAUUAGUAGGGGUCAGUAAAUCAAACAUUAACCUCGACAGCAACAAGGAUUUGUACUAUCCUUUGCUGUUGAAUGGGGCCACAGUUGACGGAGAUGCCAUGGUGGACUCCGAAGGGCCGUUCGAUGCCUCGGGGGUUUCGUCCAAUUUUGGUAUAAUAUCAAUUCCAGAAGAAGAGGAUCGGAAGACAGUGUUGUUGGCUGAUUUGGAAGGAGAGGCCGAGGAGUCGAGUAUCUUGUCUCGUUUGUCUAUAAUAGCUACAAAGGAUAAUGUCAUCAAGAAAAUCAGUCUUGUGAACGGAGACAGUGACAGCGAGAUCACACUUGAUCUUCUUAAACAAGCAAUUGAGAUCUCCAAGAUCAGAGCUCAGCAAAUGUAAAAUAGUUUUAUAGACAGCAAUAAAAGUGUACUAUAUCUG